UUCUCUUAAUAUACUACACUGCUUUUGUUUUCUCGAAUUUUUGCGGUGUAUUCGGAAUACCGUUAUUUGUUGAAAUCAGCGAAACUUUUAUGUUUUGCUCUUUAAUUUUGUUUUCCUCUUUGUUGUCGGGUCAGUCAUCUCAGCAUGGAAGUUUCUGGUAAUUUAAGCAAUUUUCAUUAUAAUUUAGAGUCUUGUGAUAUUUUCUUGUAAAGUUACAGAUAAUUGAUUUCCAAGUUAGGCCGAUUUUUAAAUUUUUUGAUGUAAAAGUUCAUGACGAUCUGUUUGAUUUUUUUUCGUUCUCCUCUCUGUCGCAAGAAACUAUUAAAUGGAGCCUUGCCCUAAAUGUUUACACGGUGCAAUCAAAAAAUCAUUUAAAAUCAUGAUUUUUUCUGAUUGCUAAUUUUAAUAAAAUAUGUAAGUUUUGUUUUUCAAAAAUAGUUAUUUUGCCUGCUUUGAGUUUGUGAAUCAGUAGUGUGUUAGAGAAAGGCUAGGUUGUGCCAUUUCAUAGGAUAAUUCAAAAGUUUUGAGAAAUGUUUAAAGUGCCGUUUUUACAGUCAAUCUAUUAUCUAUUAUAUAUUUAAAUGCGGGCUUCACCAUCUCGCCACGCUUAAGCUUUUUCAACGUAUUAUUUUUGCAUGUGUAACGAAAGAAUUUUUUCAGGUAUAAGCUAUAUCGUGUUUUGCAAUGGUUAAGAUUUUUCUUUCGAUUUUCCUGUUUGAGUUCAGUGUUUGUUUUCUCCGAAUUAAGAUUAAGCAGCUCAAUAGUGGGAUGCUGUCAGGGUUCUCUCAGGGUUUACGAUUUUGGCCUCCAAUUAUGAAUGCCUAAAUUCUUUAAGUGUACGAGAUACGACAAUUUUAGUGAUUUUUCAGAAAACUGAAAUACAAAAUAAUUUACAAAAACUUGGAAUUCCCAACCCUGUAUUUGGGUGCUGUCAGAAUACUCUCAAGUAUUGCGAAUCUUUCCUCCACAUUGGAAUGCUUUAAUCCUUGUAGUUUUCGAGAUGACGUGUUUUAUAAUUUUUUUUCAUUUUUUCAGAAAAAUAAGAUUUAAAAAAAUCGAAAGAAAUGAAAUUCCCAACCUUGUACUUGGGUACUGUGAGGGUGCUCUCAAGGAUUGCGAAUCUUGCCUCCAAAUAUGACUGCCCAAAACCUUGUAGUUAACGAGAUACGACGUGUUUUAUGAUUUUUUAAAAAAAAAAUUCAGAAAACUUAGAUUUCAAAAAAUAUCGAAAGAAUUGGAAAUCCCAGCCCUGUAGUUGGGUAAUCUGAGGCUGCUCUCAGGAGUUCCAAAUUGCAAAUCUUGCAUCCAAUUAUGACUGCCCAAAUCCUUGUAGUUUUCGAUAUAUAACGUUUUUUGUGAUUUUUCAAAGUUUAAAAUUCCCAACCCUAUUACUGGGGGCUGUCAGAGUACUCUCAGGGGUUGCGAAUCUUGCCCCUCAAAUACGAUUGCUCAAAUUUUUGUGGUUUUACAUAUGACAUUUUUGUGAAUUUUUCUAAAACGUUUCUCGGGAAACUUGAAUUUUGAUAUUUUCGAAAAUGUGAAAUUUCUAACACUAUAGUUGGCACAGUCAGAGUACUCUCAGGGUUGUGAAUUUCGCCUCCAAAUGUGAUUGCUCAAAUCUUGGUAGUUUUCGAGAUAUGGCGUCUUGAUGGUUUUUCAAAAAAAAAUGUGAGAAAACUUAAGCUUGAAGUUUUCCAAAGUUUGAAACUCCCAACGCUGUAGUUGGGUACUGUAAGAGUACUCACAGGAGUUGCAAAUCUUGCGUCUAAAUGCGACUGCUCAGAUGCAUUUAGUUACCGAUGUGUGUGUGAAGUUUUUUAAUUCAUUUUAUAGUUUUUUUAAAGAACUUAGAUAUAAAAAAAUUCACAAAGUUUCAUGGUUUUUCAAAGUUUGAAUUGGAAAAUCGUGAAAGAAAAUACAAAAUUUGAAGUUUUCAAACCUGUAAUUGGGUGCAGUCAGAGUACACUCAAAGGAUGCAGAUCUUUUUUUCCAAUAUACUCGGUUUUUUAUGAAUUUCGAAGCACCGGAGGUACGUUACACGCUAGUUUUUUUAAAACCUGAACACCACUGGCAUGUAUUUCGGUAUCGCAAGUGAAGCGAAGCAUUUGGUAUCGCUCUGUGUCAUAAGCUGCUGGUAGAACAUCCAAAACUUAACUUAGCGCCAAUGGCAGGACGAAAUGUAUAGUCGGUGGAAUAAGUUUUGUACCAUUUUUCAUUUUGCCGCAUAAAUUUUUAUCAGCGUCGAUUACCAUAUUGCAGAUAGGCAUGAAACAUGUAAUAGCGACGAAACUCUCAAGAACGUUUCCAUUAUUGUGCGGGCGGCCGAGGCUUAAUAGCGGCCUUAAUCGCUCGUUGAAAACAAACUUGGGCCAAAAUAACCAACAGGAUUUGAAUGAAGUGCUGAGCGACUUAAACAAGAAGAGAGUUCAGAACGUUCUAGAAGAAAACAAUCGGCUGGUUCAGAAGAGUAUAAGCAGAGCUGGUAAGUCUGAAGAAGAACGAGAGUUUGGCAGUGCAGUACUUGUCCCUUUCUGCACCUAUCGAGACAAACCCUCCAUUCUGUACACAGUGCGGUCGAGGAAUCUAAUCAGUCACCGCAAUGACCUCAGCUUCCCUGGAGGAAAAGUUGAAGAUCAAGAUAACAAAGACCUCGUCAGAACAGCUGUGCGAGAGUGCUGCGAGGAACUGGACAUCCACAAAGACCAAAUCGAUGUGUGGGGCCAUGUGCUGCGAGACGCCAAAUAUAUUCGAAGACGGUACCUGACCAUUCCAGUUAUAGCCAACCUAGGACGGAUUGAGGAUUUGAAGCUGAAGAUGGAACACCCAACUCCAGAAGUGGAAUCCAUUUUAAUAGUGCCCUUAGAUUACUUCCUGGCAGAGAAUAGCACUCAAAGAUACACAGUGUACAAGAUGGUGUAUCCCAGAGAGGGAGAAGUUGACAAGUACCGGAACACUCUGUUCACACAUCCCCAGAAGAGAAUCUGGGGCAUGUGUGCCAACUUCACAGCCGCUCUCUUGCCCAUCAUGCAUCCCCCAUUUGAACAUCAUCUGUUACAGCACAAAUUUUUCAAGUGAUUCAAAGACUUUUUUUAUGGCUCAUUGUAUUUUGGUUCAAACUGGAAGUGUUCAAGUGUUAAUGAACAAACAUAUUCAAAAUGUAUUUAUUAUUUAUAUUCCAGUAAGACGUUACAAAGUUCAAUCAUAUUGUAGAAUUUCAAAAUAGAAAUUAAAACAUAUAAUU